AUGAGUUCAAUCACCGAGUCCACACUGGCUUCGCCCAGUUCCGUCCCGGAUUCUGUUAGAGCGCAAAAGGUAAGAGCAAGUGCUGUUAAAGGGAGUAAAUUUUUUGAUAUUUAAGGAGGUAAAGGACUAUCUAUUUAUAAAAAAACUUUGAAAUUUAAAAAAUUUAAUUUUUGUUCCAAAUUUAUCCAAAAUUUCGUCAAAAAUUUAGCGUCAUCUCUUGCAAAAAAUCCUGUUUUUGUUUGAACUUUAAAGGGUAAUGCAAUUUUUUGGAAAACGCACAUCACCUUUACCCAUUUAUUUUUCAAAUUUUAGCAGCCAAACACCUCUUAGUACAAGCCCUCAAAAAUUCUGGCCAAAACUGUUUUUUCCGCAAAUUUCCGGAAAAUUUAAAAAUUCGAAAUUUUCAAAAACUCUAUUUCCAAUUAUUUACCAGGUCACAUAGGUGGCAUUCUCUUCCCAUUUUUUCGCAAUUUAGCCAUUAGUUGCCCCGGGAAGUUGGUUAGCGAUUCUUUUGUUCGUGAAGGUUCUUUGGGUAUGAAUAAGAUAUAAAUAUACAUAAAUUGGCGGUUGUUUAGCUUUGCGGACCCAUGAAAGGACUUUUUUCUUACGUUAGAUGGGUUUGUGCCAGUUUUUUUUGUAAUGGAAUUUGAGAUUUUUUUAAAAUUUUGAUUAUUUUUCAGCAUCACAGCCAAUUAAUGCACCGGAUCGGAAUGUGCGUCGAUAAUGUGAGUUUUCAUAUUUUUAAUCAUGUGUUUCAUGGCUGCAAAUUUAUUUUGAAAAACAACUUUUUUAAUUUUUUAUUUUUUUUUUCCGCACUGUGCGAAAAAAUUGAAAAAAUCGCACGGUGCAAAACAAAAAAUUUUAAGGUAAAAAGUUGCCCUAUAUAGCAGAAUUAAAAAUUAAAAGUGGUAUAUUUAGAUAGUAAAUUAGACAUGUAGAACAUAUGCAUAGUAAUUUUGCAAUUUUUUAAAAUCCGCUUUACUAUACAGUAAAUUUUUAAAAAUUUCUUGCACUGUGCAAAAAAAAUUUUUUUAUUGAAAAACUGGAUUACAAAAAAUCAAGGCGGUAAAUUUAGAUUGUAAAUAGCACACUGACAUUAUUUAAGAACGAUUCUGAAAUUUUCAACCAGUAAUUUUGACAAAAAAUCAUUUUUUCAAAAAUCUGGUGCACUGUGCAAAAAACUUAAAAUUCGAUUUUUUGAAGUGUCAGAAAAUAUUACAAAUGUACGAUAUCGUAUUUUACAACAGCUUUUUUAUAGUUUUUACAACCCUUUUUCCACUUUUGAACUAAAAUUUUCGUCCGCACCGUGCAAAUUUAAGCGAAAAAAAGAAUAUGUUUUUCCCGUUCCUCCGCCCGGUGCAAUCAAACCUCUUUGUGUUGUCGGAGAUUCCCACAAUCCGACCGUUAUUUUAUUGCACAACCAAGUGUUCUCUCGAUUAAUCUUCCCCCCGAAACUCUCGAGUUUCAACGCAAUUAGUCACUCAAAUGACGUUCCCCUUCUUCAAACUCGACCUCAUUAAUCUCGGAAAAGCUGUGCACUUUCCCAAGUUUCAACUGUUAAAUUUGAACGGGGGAGAGCGUCAAAAUAUUGGGGAGAGAAAUUUUCGAGCAGAACGAACGUUUUUGAAACAAAAUAAAAAGAAUAAAGAAAUCAAAAAGUAUACCUUGAAGGUAUCAAAAAAAUGAAAAAUGAAAUUUUUUAGUGGUCUUGGUUACAUUUCUUCAACAAAAAAAUAUUUUUUAGACAAAAAAAUUGUAAAAAAUUAAAUCUGGCAAAAAAAAGUUUUUACAUUUUCACAUAAAUUUACAUGUGUAAUUUGCUCACAGGGGAAGUACUCCAAGUGCGACGCUCAGAUUUUGAUGAAACUUGGCACAAAUUUAGAAUAAUUUUUUCUAAGAUAUAUGCGAGAGUCCUAGCUCGCGCUUUGCAGAAACAACCGAGAUUUUUAGAUCGAAUGUCGGCCAAAAUUUAAGACUUUUUGCCGAAUUUUGGCACGAAAAGUUUCAUGCCUAUUUCUACCGUAAAGGAUAAAUUUUCCACAAAAAAUUAAUUUUUUCCGCACGAAACUGCCAAAGUUAUGGCCAAAAAGCGUUUUUCUCUCUGACCGCUAUCCACGUUUAGCGUGCUCUCUUGGCGGAAUAAAACGUUCGAUAUCUCGGCGGCGCCCGCAAAGCGCGAGCUAAAACUUUCAGGAAUUGAUAUUUAGUCCAUAUCCAACGUGCAUGCAAAAUUUAAAGAAAAUCUGAGCGUCGCACUUGACGUACUUCCCCUGUCAGAUAUAGCCAAAAAAUUUUUGUUCUUUUUUCCUAUCAAGCAGCACAAAAUUUCCACAAAGAAAUUGGUUUUUUACCUCAUAAAAUCAUCAAAAAUAUGGCCAGAAAUAGUUUUUUCUUUGACCAUCUCUCCUCAUUUUCCAUAGUCUCUCGGCGGUCCCGAUUGUUGAAUAUCUCGGCUGUAACUGCAGAUAGCAAACUAAAAUUUUACAGACCUUCUGUAUGACCUACACAGAUCAAAGAUUCGAAAUUUCAAUAAAAUCAAAAUAUUUUUUUCGAUCAAAAAUUCGGUUCAAAAAUUUCAUUUUUUUCCAAAUUUGCAACAAACAAACUCCCCAUUUUUUAUAUUUUCAACAUUUUUUCGUCUGUUCUUUAGUUCUUCCGCUUCUUUUGCUUGGAAAAAACAAAUCAGACCCGGCGGAACGGAGAGGGGAUGGAUAACUCAUGGCCGGGGCGCGGAUGACCUUUUUUGUGGCCAUAAUCGCUCGUCAAAUAUUUUUUCUCGCCCGGUUUAUUGUCACAUAAAAGGAAAAGUUUUGGGGCCCACAAAAAAUCGCGCCUUUGGGACUGCAAGAACGCCACAUCAUGGUGUUUUCCAGGGCCGAGUUUGGGUGGUAUACAAUCUUUGACUGGACAAAUUUGUAAAUGAAACUUUUUAAAAUACGAAAUAGUCUUUUUCCUGUUGUUUUGAGAGCUAAAUAAUUUAUAAAUUCAACAGUGAAAUUUCGCUUGAAUAUUUGAAGCGGCGAUUAGGACCUCCUCGGAAUCCCAUUAAAUAAAAGUUAUGGCGUUCGAGGAAUUCGUGCCAAAGAUAGGAAACACGCUGCAGAAAAAAGUUGCGAGGUCAAGGAAUGGAGUUUUUUUUCUUUUUGAAUGACAGCGUCAAAAUAGGGAGUAUCCAAACGAAGUAAUUUUGGUAAAAAAUUUAAUUUACAGGGGAAGUACCCCAAGUGCGACGCUUAGAUUUUCUGUAAAUUUUGCACACUCGUCUGGUAUGGAUUAAGUAUAAAUUCCUGAAAGUUUUAGCUCGCGCUUUGCGGGCGCCGAGAUAUCGAACGAUUUUUGCCGCCGAGAGAGCACGCUAAACGUGGUGAGCGGUUAGAGACAAAAGCGCUUUUUGGCCAUAAUUUUCGCCGACUUUUGAUCUAAAAAUCUCGGUUGUUUCUGCAAAGCGCAAGCUAGAAUUCUCGCAUAUAUCUUAGAAAAAAUUAUUAAAAAUUUGUGCCAAGUUUCAUCAAAAUCUGAGCGUCGCACUUGUGGUACUUCCCCUGAUACAUUAUUUUUUGCCAAGAUAUAUACGAGAUUCCUAACUCGCGUUUUGCAGAAACAACCGACAUUUUUAUAUAAAAUGUCUUCAAAAAUGCGAGACUUUUUUUGCGAGAAUUUUCAAAAGAGUGACAAGAUAUGAGAAAAACAACUCAAAAAUAUUGCAAGAUUAUAUAUAUCAAAAAAACAAAAAAAAAGUCUAGCCUUCCUCCAUAAGAAGCAGAAUAGAAUUUCCGGAGUUUCUUGACAACCAAAAUAAUCUGGCUAGGACGUUUUUUCAGAGGAUGAAAAUUUCAAAAUCAGUAAAUUAGACAAGAAAUUUUAGCCGGGCAUGGCUUUCCAAGCGUGGGAUUGGGAAUUUCAGCGUAGGUUUGCUGACAAGAGAAGAUAAUUUUUUUGCAGAGCAAUCCUUAGUGGUGACAGUGGAUGUUGAAGGCUUCAGGUAGUGUAAAAAGUACAUGUCUGGCUUCCAAAAAUGUUUACGGGCCAAGGAAAUGUUAUUUCAGUGGGAUUUUUUGCGCGAAUUUUGAUGAGCCAUAACUUUGCCUUCAGGGCCCGUAAACACCUUUAAAAACCAGGUACUUUUCACACUGUCUGAGGCCUUCAACGUCCUCUAGAUCAUCAGUAUGGAUCGAUCUGCAAAAAAAGUUCCUUCCCCAGUGAGAACUUCAACUCGAGAAUUUUAUUAUAUUAUAUUAAUACUUGCAAUCUUUGUUUAUUCCCAGAGAUGAUGAGUUAUUUUUCUUGAAUAUUUUUUCUGUUUAUUCGACGCACUUUUCUUUAUAAUCUGUACUUAUCCUUCAAAAUUGACGUCUCCCUCCCGAAUCGUCCGACUUCCUCCGUCCACUUAUUUAUUUACCAACAAUCGUCUGUGCCGCUCACAUUUCCGAAUUGCUUCGUUUCGCUAAUCAACCGCACCAAACGUCUGCGCAAACCGUACGAAAAAAGAAAGAUGAGAUUAUUUUAAUUGUCUCGCGAGCCGGCGGAAAACAAUACCAUAUAAGGAAGAAGGGGGAGAUGGGAACGUACUUGAUGGACUUAAUCGUAGACCUGAGGGCAUUUAUUUGAGUUAAACGGAAAAAAAUAAUAAAAAAAGAAAUUUAGUCCGAAUAGAAGGAAGUUGGAAAAUAUUGAAAAACUGAUAUUGGAAUUGAUGGAGGGAAAUUUGAGCUUUUCGAGGGAACGAUUGAUUCUUUUGGAAAAACUUUUUGGAAAAAAUUUACAGGGGAAGUACCCCAAGUGCGACGCUCAGAUUUUCUUUAAAUUUUCCACACACGUCGGGUAUGGACUAAAUAUCAAUUCCUGAAAGUUUUAGCUCGCACUUUGCGGGCGCCGUCGAGGUACCGAACGAUUGGAAGUUUCGUGCGGAAAAAUUUGAUUUUUUGGAGAAACAUUAUCCUUUACGGUAGAAAUAGGCAUGAAACUUUUCGCGCCGAAAUUCGGCAAAAAGUCUUAAAUUUUCGCCGACUUUCGAUCUAAAAAUCUCGGUUGUUUCUGAAUAGCGCAAGCUAGGAUUUUUGCAUAUAUCUUCUAAAUUUGUACCAAGUAUCAUCAAAAUCUGAGCGUCGCACUUGGAGUACUUCCCCUGUUAGGAGAAUUUUUACCGAUUAUGCUAAGCACUGUGGAUUUUUGCUUUUGCGCACCGUGCAAACCUCGAAAAAGCCGAUUGCACUGUGCACAUGUUUGAUCAAAACCGCAGCGGCGCAGUUGAGAAAAGCUUGCGUCGCAGCGAUGUUUCAGAUGCACAGUGCAAGACCAAAAAAAGGUCAAUGCACGGUGCAAAAAAUCGCGGGCUUUGUGCACAGUGCGGACCGCGGACAAAUGUCCAGGCACAAUUGUGAAAAUGCUAAUAGGCAAAGUACAGUGAGGGACGGGAUCCAAUGGCAAAAAACGACUUUUUUUGCAUCCCGGAAGGGACCAAAAUGUCUCCAAACCCUUCCCUUCUCUAAACUAAAAAACCCCGAUUUGAAGAGCCCGCCUUGAAGGAAAGGGCGCGCUUUUCAAAGCGGAGUUUUUUAGCUUAGAGACGGGAAGGGUUUGGAGUCAUUUUGGCCCCUUCCGGGAUGCAAAAGGAGACGUUUUUUGCCAUUGGAUCAGGUCCCUCACUGUAUCAGUCUGUCGGAAAAAUAAUGAGCUCUCUGUCGCAUCGAAAGUCGCAUCGCCGCCGAGAAAAUGAAUUGUGUCGCGGCAAAAUCAAAUUGCUCUUCACCUCCGCGAGACUAUCAGUACAGCGCCAUUCACUCAUUAUUUUCCCGACAGAAUGUUAUACAAUUUCUGGUCAUUUCGUUUCCCAAGCCGUAAACGUGCAGUUCCACAGUAUUCGUACUGGCCCUUCAAUAAAAUGUCAUUCUUUGGACGAGUAAAAAUCGGAAGGACUCUAUCCGCUUGUUACGUCACAAAUUUUUUACGCGCCAAACAUUUGACGAAAACCUCAGCAUCGGACUUUGGGCCUUUCGUCUUUAAAAUUCUAAAUUCAAAUUUUCUCUGACGAAUUUGACCUUAUAAAAAAACGCUCAUCUACACUAUGGGGAUAAAGUCUGUAGCUGCGGAAGUAACCGUCGCAACGUAGUUUAUAUCUCUGAUUUCUUUUAAAAUUUUUUAUUUGCCCUCCGGCCUUUGACAUUCAAAAACAGGAAAGGAGAAUUUUUUGGAGAAUUUUUAAAUAUUUUUUAAUUAAAAAAUACGAAUUUUUACGUGGAAAAGUCCAAAAAUUUUUUCGAAUUCACUGUGUUUCAGUACUCAAUUUCGCUUACAAUCUUAUUUUUUCUAAUCUUUUCAAUUUCCGAAAUCAAAUUUACCGCGCUUUUUCUCGUACUCAAAAUAGCGGAAACAGUUUGUAACUCGCUUAACUAUGCAAUGAAAAAAAGUGGAUGAACCCCGUUUGAAACAUCUUAAAACCCAUUAGCGGCACUGGUGGGAGAACGCCUAAGGGGAGGAGACUUAAGUUAUAGUCACGGUAUGUGACUGGAAAUGGGCUGGGAUUGGGAACGGCUAUUUUUUGAAAUGCUUUUUGUAAGAGUUCGGAGAGAUCUGAAAAGGGAAGUGUAAUAUAUUUUACAAGGAAAGUACUUCUAUGGGGUAUGGAGUUACAGGUCGAGUCAUACAUCAAAAAAAUCGCAAAUUUUUUCAGAUUCAGAUUAUGUAAAAAUUAGCUGCCUAAUUUUGGUUUGUAAUGGUGAAAGAAUCCUCUGAACUUUUCUCGCAACACCAUGGAAAUGCGCCUUUUUUACAUUGCAACUACCAAUUAAGGUGUAGUAUAAAUCAAAUUUGAUAUUUUAAGGCUUGUCAAGAUACCAGAGUUUACUUUUGCUCAAAAGUUUGCGAGAAAAGUUCAGAGGAUUUUUUUCACCCUUACAAAACAAAAUUAGGCAGCUAACUUUUACAUAUUCUGAAUCAGAAAAAUUUUGCGAUUUUUUUUGAUAUAUGACUCACCCUGUAACUCCAUACCCCAUUGAAGUACUUUCCUUGUUAUAUGUGACGGAAACAGAGUUGGAUGAAAAUCUGCUCAAAUCUAGAGAAUAAUUUUUCAAGGCAUGAGAAAAUCAUAGCUUGCGUUUUCCAGAAACCACAGAAACUUCGUUUAUCGGAAGAUAUGAAAAAGUUGCACUUUUUUCUCUCAAAAACAAGAUCAUUGAAUAUUUGAAUAUCUCGGGCGCUAUUAGAAAGCGCGAAGUUUUCAGAAAUUGAUUUAUAGCGUUUUUAGAAGCAGCAUGCAAAAUUAGAAGUGCUUCAAGGAGCGAAAAUUCUCGCCUGGGGUUAUAAGGUCUUAUAAAAAUUCAAAAUUAAACUUGCUUUUUGAAAUAUUGACAAGUCAAAAUUAUGAGCUUUGGAGCUCCUGAAGAAUGCUUUUCAUUGUCGCUCAAACGUUUUUUUCAAUCAAAUUUUUGAUAGAAACGGCUUAUUUUGCGCUUAUAGCUCGAUUAGGCAUUGUGUCAAUGUCUGAAAAUUGAGUAUAAGAUUGACUUGCUGGGAUUAAACAGUCAAUGAUGACAGCAGCGAAAGACGCGUUUUGGGAGCAUCUUUGGCUAUUUUCGAGAGCAAAAAAUCUAGUCUUUAAUUUUUUUUUGAAUCGUAAACUUUGGGGAAGUCUUGACAGAAAAACUUCAAACCACCUUCCUACAGCCGUGAUCGUAUUUUACCAUUAAAAAAUUUAUACAAUCAUGCCAAACUUCGCGAAAAUUUUUGAAUAAUGACUAAUUUAAUACUGAGAACCUCGACUGUUUCUACAAAGCGCGAGCUUGGAAUCUCAUAUACAUCGCUACUUUUUUCCCUCGAAAAAGAAUAAUUGUUGAAUAUCUCGGGCGCUACUGGAAUGCGCGAGCUAAAACUUUCAGUAAUUGAUUUAUAGCGUUCUUAAAAGCAGCGUUCACAAGCCCAAGGAAAUCUGAGUGCCUCAGGGAUGUUCAGACCUCUUUGUAGAAGUAACAGUGCGCAAAAUGCGGAGAGCCCUCGGGGAAACAACUUUCAUUCCCCGUAUCUCCGCAAUUUUGCAGUACAGACUCUCCAUUUCUGCAAUGUAGAGAGGGCAUACAUCCAAACAACAAACUAAAGGCGUGGUUAUUCUCCAGCCGACCCCUUUUUAUGAAGAGAAAUGUCAAAAGAAUGGACACAUUCUUUGAAAAGUUCAUCCACAUGGGAUGAGAGAUGAGAUUUUCCGGAUACUUUUAUGUUGUUUUUGAGUAAUUUUUUGACUUUAUAUAUGUUGCAACUGUAUAUGAGUAUAUUUUAACUGUAAUUUUAACCUUAUUGUUGCGCUUUGUCGUAUUUUAAAAACUCUUGAGAAACUAAAAAAUAUCCUUUUAGCAUUCAUGGUGGCCAAUCGUCGGCAUAUUCAUUUUUUCAGCCAUGAAACUAACAAGGUAACUGAAACUUACUCUGAUUUUUAAAAUACGCAUUUUAUAGGAUUGCUAUUAUAUUUUUCGGGAAAGUAAGGAGAGAUACUAAAUUUUUUAAAAAACUUGAGCGUUCACCAUUUUGAAAAAUAGUAGUGAAACCUCGGUACAACGAGCAACAAAGCUUGUCUAUUGCCUACAAUUUCGAAGGUCCCACGGCUCAAUCUUUGCGAUUUUCAUGGGCUAUAGGACUCUAAAAGGGCUUCCAUACAACAAAUCCUUUUCAUAACAAAAGAAUUUGAUAUCAAUUUGUCGGGAAAAUAGUGAGCACUCUGUGGCAUCUAAAAUCGCAUCACCGCCGGGAAAAUGAAUUGUGUUGCGGCAAAAUCAAAUUGCAUUUCACUUCAGCGACGCGAUUGACGCGGCGCACGGCAUUCUGUACUUUUGGGACACAACCGAUCUCCGCGACUUUUUCUAUUUUUUUCGAAAUGCGCUUGCUUUCUCUCUCCAUAUCUCGCUAGCCGUUUGAGCUAGAAGGCUAAAAUUUGGCAUGGCAGUAGAGUAAAAAGCCGGCUUUCAGAAAAUAUGAAUAUUGUAAGGAACCCCAUCGUAUAAACUUCGCAAUGACCAUUAAAAAAAUUUCAUUCUUUAAACUUCUGCAAUCCGCCGCGGCGGUAUUGCUCUCAUUAUUUUCCCGAUAGACUGAUAAUCAAAUAUGAUUAAUUUGCUGUACAGAGGUGUCACUGUAACUAAGGGGUCAUUCAAGCAAAGUGAAGAAAAAAAUCUUCUUAAAAAACUCUGUAAAAUUUUGCAAAACUUUUUACUGUAAGUUAGUCCUUUUUUUGUUGUUAUUUUACAAUCCAUCAAAACACUAGAUUUAUCAUUUUUCUGGAUCGCACCGACCGGAUUACCAUGUUUUUCGAGGACGUUCGGAUUCUCUCAGCAUUUCCAUUUUAUCUGACCGUCCAAUCUUUCGCCGGAGUGACGAGGAAGAAGUUUUUUGGGACCGGAAAAGAGGAAAAAAACAACUACAAUAAAUAGGAAAUUACUUUCGGAGUUGUGAAAAAGGCCUUGAAACGUGAGAAAUGAACGGGAACAAAGAACUAGAGUACAAAGCGGACAUCAGGAUAUUAUUUUAGAUGCCUUGAGGCAUCAAAAAAAUUUGGAAAAAAUUAAAACAAAAAAAAAUUUUCUUAUUUUUUUGUGAUGAUUUUCUUCAAAUUUAACAUACGUACAUUGUAUGUGCCAUAUAUUAAUUUCUGAAAGUUUUAGCCCAAGAUUUCCAUCCGCGGUGGAGAUAUCAGUCUGUCGGGAAAAUAAUAAGCUCCCUUUCGCAUUAAAAACCGCAUCGAAUUUCACUCCUUUUUGCGGAUUUUUUUACAAAAAAUUAUAGCGAAUACCGAGGCAUAAGCUCAACUUUUUGGCCAAAGAAAAUUUCGCUGACCGUCUUUCGUCCGCGCUCCUGGCCUGGGGUUUUUAAAAAGGUCUUAUCAGUCUGUCGGGGAAAUAAUGAGCACCCUGUCGCAUGGAAAAUCGCAUCAAUGCCGAGAAAAUGAAUUGUGUUGCGGCAAAAUCAAGUUCUUUUCACUUUAGUGACGUGAUCGGCGCAGCGACAGUGCUCAUUAUUUUUCCGACAGACUAACAAAAAAAAUUACAAAUUUAUUAUAUCAGUCAUAUAUUUUCAGAGAGAGUGCGCAAAAUGAGGAGAGUCAGGCAGAGAAAAAUAGUUUUUUUUUUGUUAUUUGACUGUAUCCAUGCGAAUUGGCUUGGAAAAAGUCGAUUUUUUGUUGGAAAAUUUUUACAUUACAUUUGUGAUAUACACGCCAAUUUUCAAAAUGGCAAAAUCGAAAAAUUUUUUUUUUUCACAUUUAAGCCAAAAAAUCCCACACAUAUAUUUUUUAUCCCGCAUUUUCCACCAAAACUGUUCUCUGGCAUAUAAACAAUAUUUUUUACAUGCCAUGUUGCAUACAUUCAGACAGUUAUUGUUUACCCAAAUGGCCGAGAUUUCCUCAUUUUUUGGCCGUUUUAUCAAAAAGAUUUUUGACAUUUUUUUAUUUCACUUCCUGACUGACAAUAAAGUUUCUUGGCGCGCAAACAGAAUUCUCGGAGGAGUAGAGAGUGCGUAAAUAUUAGACAUGCGUAUCAGAAAGACCAAAGUGCAAAAAUGUGGGUAUAAAAAAUGGUGGGAGGAUCUAUGAAGUUUUGAGGACAAUUUUUUUUUGUUUCCGGGUUGAAAUGAUUUUUUAAAAAGGUUAUUGAAAAGCUAAAAUUUAUAAAAAAUUUUUUUUUUUUUUUUUUUUUUUUUUUUGAAAAAUGCAAUUCAAAAUUUUUUUAAAAAGUUUGAAAUCUCAAAAAAGAUACAACUUUUUUUAUAACAAAAAAAAUAAUUCGGAGCAUUAUUUUUGUUUAUUUUAUGGCCAAGAUGAGGCCAAAAGACUAAAAAAAUCAAAAAAAGUAAAAAAAAGAAAACAAAAAAUCCCAAAAUUAAAAAAAAACUAAUAAUUUUAAAAAAUUUACAGCCAUGACUGACCCAAAAAUUAAUGUAAAAGAAAACUAAAGUCAUUAGUUUUUAUAUUUUUCCAGAUCAAGCCCUACAUUCUUCAUUUUGUUAUGGUGCUCGGCGUCACUGCCUACGUCUUCAUUGGGGCCUAUACAAUCCGACAUAUUGAAGCGACAAAAACUGGAUUCAUAACGAAAGCCGAUCGAAUUUUGGAGAAUGUCGGGAGAACCCGGCAUCACGAUCAACCGCCGCCGCAGUACGAACGAGUCACGGAGAGAUUCAAGAGAAAGACGAAUUGUGAGUUUGGAGGGAAAAAAAUUAAAAAUAAAAUUUUUGAGGAGGUAAUUACUACAGUCUAUGAAAAUUUAAAGAAAAUCUGUCAUUUUGGUAACCUCCUUCUUGAAACAUUGUAUGGACCUAUAGUCGUAUUUUACCAUGAAAAAAUAAAUUUUUUUCGAAAAAAUUAAAAUUCUUUUUUAGUGCAUCGUGCCCGAAAAUGUGUUCAGAUUGCGAUGAAACGCUUGGCCAGUGGAGAAUGCGAUCCCAACAACCUUAUCAGCCCUACUCACCCCGUGUUCUUGGAGCUGGAUGAGUGUUACAAAAGAGAUGUCCAGGAAAAAGUGAAAAGAGCCAUGAAUGACGCCGAAGCCGAGACUGCGACUCCAAUUGGUAAGGAAUGAUUUUAUUUGCUCUGUACUAUAAAAUCUGUUGAUAACGAACAAUUUUGGAGGCUUAAAAAAGUCAAUUUUUAUCUAUAAAAGCCUUUGUAUAACGAAGUCUUUCUACAACAAAUAAAAUGCUAGAUCCUGUGAAAUUUACUGUACAUGUUUUUGACAGUAAUUUCACUUACUAUCUAUAAAAAAUCAAGUAAUUUUUUACAUUUUUUCAACUUUCAGUUGAGCCUUUGCAAUCCAAAAAUUCGACAACGACAGAAUGGGAGUAUUGGUCAUUGAAAGACUCAAUUUUAUUUUGUUUCACGGUUAUCACUACAAUUGGUAAGUUAACUAAAGCUAGUGUCAAUUAAUCGUCCCAUAGGUUAUGGAAAUGUGGCUCCGCAAACAUUCAACGGCCAGUUAUUUGUCAUCAUUUACGGGCUGAUCGGAGUUCCAUUUGCAAUGUUGGUCAUUGCGAAUCUUGGCAAAUUUUUGGCCGAGCUGUUGAAAGCAAUCAACAAGAAGAUGUAUAAAUGUGCGAGGUAAGUCAAAAUAUCAAGUAUUAAUGAAACUUUUUGAAAAAGAGAAAAAUUUCUUUGAAAUUUCUAAGUCCGGUUCUCGAAAUUUCAUAUCAGUCCGUCGGAAAAAUAGUGAGCGCUCUGUGACAUCGAUAAAUCGCAUCGCCGCCGAGAAAAUGAUUUAUUAUCAGUCUGUCGGGAAAAUAACGGCGGAUCGUCGAGGCAAGAUGUUUCGCCUCGUCGCUAUCGCGCACCAAAUUCCCAGCCGCGGCUUGCAGUCGCAAAGCGAUGAUGGGCGAUUCCGAGGCGCGACGAUCCGCCGUUAUUUUCCCGACAGACUGAUAUGCCGUUACAAAAUCAAUUUGCUUUUAGCUUCUGCGACGUGAUCGGCGUAGCAACAUUGCAAAAUAUGUAAAAAAUAUAAGAAAAAAGUCAUGUUUUUUCGUGAUGACAUCGUGAGGUCACCUCAGGUGAUACUUUUCUAUCUUCUUUAAAUUUGGCAUACAUAUUUUGUAUGUGCCAUAUACUAGGUUCUGGAUGCUUUAGCCCAAAAUUUACACUCGCGGCGGAGAUAUCAGCCUGUCGGGAAAAUAAUAAGUCAUAUGACGCAUCGAAAAUCGCAAGAGAAAAUGAAUUCUGUCGCGACAAAAUCAAAUUUGUUUCACUUCAGCAACUUGAUCGGCACAGCGAUUGUGCUCAUUAUUUUCAUGACACAUAUGUAGAUAAUUAUUUAAAUCAAGAGUCAUAUUUUUUGAAACAUCCCAAAAAUCCUCAUGCCUCACCGUUUUCAGAGCGUUCUUUUGCUGUCGUCGAGCCUCCAAACAAACGCUUCUUCCCAAAAUCGACGAAAACGCCAAUGAAUGCUCUGAAGAAGUGGAAGAAACCGUUCAAUCCGGCGCCAUCGGGCUGUUCUUGGCCUUUAUCAUCUACAACAUCCUCGGCUCAAUCAUAAUCUCCUCUUAUGAGCCGGAGAUGGACUUUUUCAAGGCCAUUUACUUCAAUUUUGUGACUUUGACCACGAUUGGUCUGGGUGAUAUCAUCCCGCAAAGCGGGGAGUACCUCGCUUUCACACUGCUCUACGUUGCACUUGGGCUUGCAUUGACUUCGAUUGCCAUCGAAAUUGCGGCGGAUUACUUGAAGAAACUGCAUUAUUUCGGACGGAAAAUCGACAAUGUUGCGCAGGUCACGAUUUGGUUUGGCUCGCAGAAAUUGACAAUGAAACAGUUGGUGAGGAAUCUGGGAGAUCAAUUCAAUUUACCGGUCAACGAAAUGGAUGAGUUAAACUUGGAGAAGUUUGUGGAUGACGCCAUCAAAGUGGAGACGGGGGAAAUUCCGACGCUCAGGGUGAGCAGACUUUAACAGACCUUUUCUUAAAAGCUAACAGGGGAAGUGUACAUGGCAAAAUUUUGAGAAAAUUUUUUUAACCGAGGAGAAGCAGGAAUCAAAUAUAGUGGCUGACAAAAUUUUCUUUCCACCUCUAUCUCGGGAACCGUUGGGCCUGGAACCUCCAAAUUCGGCAUAGAAACAUUAUGGGGCAAUCUAACAUCACACCCAAAAAAUCAUAUCAGUUGAUGCACUUUCAGUGCACUUUUUAUGCAAACGGCAAAAACGUGAUGACAAAAUUUUCUUUCCACCGCUUGUAAAUUAUAAGCCAGAGGGCGCUAUGGCAUGAUUGUGGUGUCGUUGUGAUCGCGAAGAAGUCCUCUUUCGAUCCGUGGCACAAUUUUGCAGGACCUUUUGUUUGUUCGCCCUUGGGCGUCUGCCCAUCGUUGCCUUGUCAGUUUUCUGCCAAAUUCGUGGCCGAGAAGCUCGCAGAAGGCCCAAGGAGAUGAAACUGACGUUAAAAAAUCUGCUAUUUAUGUUUGCAACAUUGUUUACACCGGCAGUAAAAUUAGAUUCAAUUUAAGUGUAAAAUGUGCACUUCCAGGGUUCGCGAAACCAGAAAAUCGCUUAUGUACAGAAUGAAAAAGUCCAAAUAACAUGCGUUUACUAGACAUAUAGCGCAUUUUAGGUAUUAUACGACAGUCUGUGUUGAAAUCUACUACCUUAUCUUACCCCCCUCUGGUCUAUGUCGUCUUUAGUAACGCAAGUUGUUGCAUUAUAUGACAGGGAGGAAUUGGCAUUACUUAAGCUUGACACAUUGGAACUUUUGACUACCAGACUGCCUUAAUACAUUGACUUUGUCCUGCCUUUAACGUUUUUGGCACGACAAGUUGCUUGCGCGGGAAGCUUAGGGUUGCAAAUUUUGCACAUGGGACAUGCGGAAUCUUUCUUCUGCUCAAACCUAAACGCGACAUCCGAGACUAAAAUUGUCACUAUUUUUUAAGGCUGUAGUAUCGUAGAAAACAUAUCAGCAAAAAAAGUUACUUGAAUUGCCUGCAGUGUUCCUAUAAUAACGUAAUUUUCUGGUAACGAGAACCCUGGAAGUGCACAUUUUCCUAUGCAACACGCUUAAAUUAAAUGUAAUUCUACUGCCGGAGUAAACAAUGUUGCAACCAUAAAUACCAGAUUUAAUAAGGGCAGUUUCGUCUCCUUAGGCCUACUGCGAGCUUUUCUGGCCAAGAGUUUAGCUGAAAACGGACAAGGCGACGAUGAACAGACGCCCAAGGGCGAACAAACGAAAACUAUUGUAAAAUUGUGACACGGAUCAAGAGAGGACUCCUUCGCGAACACAACGAUACCACAAUCAUGCCUUAGCGCCUUCUGGCUUAUGAUUUACAAGCGUUUUUCCAAAGUGGAAAGAAAAUUUUGUCAUCCCGUUUUUUGCCUUUUGGAUAAAAAGUGCACUGAAAGUGCAUCAAAUGAUAUGAUUUUUUGGUUAUGGUGUUAGAUUGUCCCAGGAUGUUUCUAUGCCGAAUUUGGAGGUUCUAGGCCCAGCGGUUCCCGAGAUACAAGGUGGAAAGAAAUUUUUGUCAGCCACUAUAGGAGUAAACGAAGUACAUUUAAUUUUUGGUCUUUCGAGCCAAUACCCAUCUAUUUAUACACAGGUUGAACAAAGUUAUGGCAAAAAGAAAUUUAUAUCGUACAUGAUGAAACGUAAGAGAAGUUUCUCUUAGAUUUUCUUUAAAUUUUGCACACAACUCUGUCAUGGAUCAAAUAUCAAUUCCUGAAAGUUUUAGCUUGCGCUUUGCAGGGAGAGCCGAGAGAUUGAACGACCUUUGCGGCCGAGAGAGUACGCAAAACGCGGAGAGCGGUCACAAAAAAGUACUUUUAGUCAUAUCUUUGCCAGUUUCGUGCGGAAAAAAUUAAUUUUUUGUGAAAACAUUACCCUCUGCGGUAGAAAUAGGUAUGAAAUUUUUGAAGCCAAAAUUCGCCAAAAAAAAUUUCGAUUUUUUCAACUUUCGACCAAAAAUCUCGGUCGUUUCAGCAACGCGUUGCCUUGGAAUCGCGCAUGUAUCUUAGAAAAAAAGUUGUCUAAAUUUGUACCAAGUUUCAUCAAAAUCUGAGCGACUCGAGGUACUUCCUUUGUAAUAUUUAGAGCCUAAUUUUUCUAUAGAUUCCCGUGAAUUCAGGUUACAUUUUUCACAGAAAUUUGCAAGAUUUUUUACCAUGCCUAAUCCUAAUCUCAAUUUUUCAGAAUCCCAAUGCGAUACGUCCCAUUUUCAUCACCGAUUUCAAGAACCCCUUCAAACAAGGCCGUGUCCUCUAUGUGGACGAAGAUGACCGCUCCUCCUCUGGCAUUUACACCGCUGAUGUGAACUCGCUGAGUCGCCAUCAGAACGCCGACGACGAUCCUCAUUACCAGUAUCAGCCGUUAGUUUAA